UUAUUUUAUUUAUUUUUUGGAAGCUUCCUUUUUUCUGGUUGGGACCAGGAUGGGAAAGAGGAUGUUGCCUUGGCAACAGAGAGCCAUUAAAUAUCUGAAAUGCUGCCAUAGUAACAGCGCGGAGGUAGUUUAGGGCUGUCGCCAUGGCAACUUUCAGGACUGGGAAGAAGCGUUUGAAACCCGGAGAUGCUAAAUGUGUUUACAAUCCUUAGAGGGGAGGUGGGAAGGAGGAAAAAAAAAAAAAAUUCAAUAUCGCGGAACAACAAAGCCAUGUAUAGAAGGGAGGAAUGGCUGGGUGAUGAGAUGACGUUCGGUCUCCGUGAGUUUCUGAACAUGUCCAGAGCACCAAGCUAGGCUGUCCUCCUCUCUGAAUCCCAGGGAGUCAAUUCCAAUCCAGCUCAACCGAUACAAGUAGUCUUUGACUUACGACCACGGUUGGGGGGGCCAGAGUUUCCGUUGCUAAGCGAGGCGAGGUUCUUAAGAUGGUGCUUGAAGGAAGCGCGGAAGCUGUGAGUUCCCAUUCGCUAACUCUGCGUCGGACCUGUGUCCAGAAUGGGCGUUUUUACCCUUCGGCGGGGGAUAGCCUCCUGUUAACCAAAAAACCAGUGAAAUACGGGGAAUUGAUCGUCCUGGGGUACAAUGGCUCUCUGGCUAACGGAGACAAAGGCCGUCACCGCAGCCGGCUGGCGCUCUACAAGCGACCCAAAGCCAACGGCGUGAAACCCGAUGUCAUCCACCAUAUCUCCACGCCACUGAUGUCCAAAGCCCUGAGCGACAGAGGUCAACAUAGCAUCUCCUAUACGCUUUCCCGAAGCCAUUCGGUCAUUGUCGAAUAUACUCAAGAUGGCGAGACGGACAUGUUCCAGAUCGGCCGCUCGACGGAGAGCAUGAUCGAUUUUGUGGUGACUGACACCACGCCGGGCACAAACUCAUCCGUGGAUGGACAGACAGCCCAAAGUACUAUAUCCCGCUUUGCCUGCCGAGUCAUCUGCGAAAGAAACCCUCCGUACACUGCCCGGAUUUACGCCGCCGGUUUCGACGCUUCCCGCAACAUUUUCCUUGGAGAGAGAGCAGCAAAAUGGAGAACACCCGAUGGGCUCAUGGAUGGCUUGACCACGAACGGCGUGCUUGUAAUGCACCCGAACGGCGGUUUUAGCGAAGACUCCACCCCGGGAGUCUGGCGGGAGAUCUCGGUCUGCGGGAACGUCUACGCUCUGCGGGACAGUCGCUCCGCACAGCAGCGGGGAAAGCUGGUGGAAAUGGAGUCCAACAUUCUGGAGGACGGCUCCCUCAUCGACCUCUGCGGGGCCACGCUCCUCUGGCGCACUUCGGAGGGGCUCCUGCGCACCCCAACUUUGCAACAGCUGGAGCUGCUGCGUCAAGAGGUCAACGCUGCCCGGCCCCAGUGCCCGGUUGGCUUCAGCACCCUGGCCUUCCCCAGCCUGGCCCAACGAGGCAUGGUGGAAAAACAGCAGCCCUGGGUGUACAUCAACUGUGGCCACGUCCACGGUUUUCACAACUGGGGGUUCCGUAAAGAGAAAGGGGGGCUGGAGCGCGAGUGCCCCAUGUGUCGGCGGCUGGGCCCUUACGUGCCUCUCUGGCUGGGCUGCGAGGCCGGGCUGUAUCUGGACGCCGGACGCCCCACUCACGCCUUCUGCCCUUGCGGCCACGUCUGCUCCGCCAAGACUGUCCAGUAUUGGUCGCAGAUCCCGCUGCCGCACGGCACCCAUGCCUUCCACGCCGCCUGCCCCUUCUGCGGCACCUGGCUGACCGGCCAGCAGGGUUUCGUCCGGCUCAUUUUCCAGGGACCCCUCGACUGAGCCGGAGAGAGGGGGAGGCGUAGCAACACGGCCCGCCUGGCGGGGGAGACGGUUGGAGAAUAAACCACAACCUCCGCUGGCCGCCGUGGACCGCUCAAUCUCGUCAUUUGAUUGUACUGGACUUUGCAUCGGCCGGACGGCCACCGCAUCUCUUCCCAUCCAAGCAUUUUGGGGAGGGGGGGGCAGGAUUCGAUUCCAAUUUGAGGAAGACGGAUUCUCCUCAGUCCGCCCACCCCACCCCCAUCCUCGCCUCCUUCCCCGGGACCCAGUCGUUCCCUUCCCACUUAGAACCCGUCGCCGAGAAGCAGAGGUUCGCACAAACGGGGGACUUCAGUGGUUCCCGAAAUGGGAAGCACGUCGUUUUGGGGCCAGGGGGCAUCCGAAAGCCAGCCAGCCGAUUAUCUUCAAACAGGGUAUGCAUCGACAGAGGAAGCUCGACUCGAAAUCCGUUGCUUGGGCAUUGUAGGCGAUCUGCACGCUGCCGUCGCGAUUUCUUGAACCCAGGUUUAGGGUUGCUGUGUGUGAACCCAGCCUAGAUCCGAUCGAUGGGGCAAGCCCAGGAGAGCUUUGCUGUUGCUAACAGAGAUAUAUAUAUAUAUAUAUCCAUUA